AUGUCGGACACAGCGCCUUCGCAGGCCGCAGAACUACUGGUUAUUGACUUUGUGAUCAUCGGCGGGGGCAUAUCAGGCCUCACCGCCGCGAUUGGUCUCGCCAGGGCGGGGCAACGGGUCACACUGCUAGAGCAGGCGGAUGACUUCCAAGAGACGAAUCUCGCCGGAGGAUGCAGGCUCGCGCCCAAUAUGACAAGGCUCUACUUCCGGUGGGGCCUCGAGCAGCAACUCCGCGAUAUUGCAUAUAUGCAGCAAUACGUGUGCUUCAUGCGCAGUGAAACGGGAGAGUCUGCUGCACAGGGGGAAUGGGUCCACGACUUCAAGGUGGAGAGCGGCGGGGUUUUCCUUGGAAUGCACUACGCGGAUUUCCGACGGCUGCUCUACGAGACCGCCGUCAAGUCCGGAGCGACCAUCCGGACGAACGCGAAGGUCGCCUCGGCUGACUUGGACGCGGAGAGCCCGUCUGUCACGCUCGAGUGCGGGGAGAAGAUUGCAGCGGAUGUGAUUGUCGGCGCGGAUGGCACACAUUCUGUGUCGCGGUCGCUCAUGCUCGAGCACGACGAGAUGCGCCCGACGGGGAUGGUGCUGCAUAAUGCCAUCAUCCCCAUGGAUAAAAUGGCAUCAGAGCCAGGCUUGGCCGAGUUCCUACCCAAGGAUGGGCUGGGUACUGCAUGGUCAUGGGCGGGGCAUACAUGCGGUGUCAUUGGUUUCCCCACUAAACGGGAAGAGUUCCACCUUCACAUCUAUGCUCCCGAGAGCGGGAGGGAGAAUCUACCGACGAAGAGUCCCGUCAACAUGUCAACAAGCGAGGAGCUCAUUGCGAUAAUGCGGAAGGAGGGUUGCGAAUCUCGUCUGACCAAGAUGGUCGAGAUGGCUACACGAGUCAUGGUCCUGCCCGUUAUCGACAAACCAGAGCUCGACGACUGGGUGCACGACUGCGAGCGGUACGUCGUCAUCGGCGAGGCCGCUCACCCGCUCACCACGGGCUCGCUAUAUGCGCUCAGCAUCGCCGCGGGGGACGGGAUGAUGCUCGGGCGGCUGUUCAGCUACCUCCACCGCCCCGAGCAGAUCGGGAGCUUCCUCGCCGCGUUCGCGGAGAACCGGCACCGGCGCGUGCAGGCGAUCAAGCGCGCGCAGAGCACGAACCCCGCGUCGAUGUCGAUGCCCCCGGGCGUGCUCCAGGCGAAGACGCUCAAGGGCGUCGUCGAGUCGAUGGGCGACGCGGAGGCGGCGUGGUACACCGAGGAGGCGAUCCGCGAUAUCUUCUCGGUCGACCCGGAGGAGGAGGCGGACGACUGGUGGGUGCAGUGGGGGCUCGUGGAGGAACGCGCUGCGCGCAUACUACCCGGUACAUUCGAGUUCAAAAUCCUCAAGACGCAUUCGAGCCGUUGA